AUGCCCAAGGUCAAAUCUGAUAAAUUUCCAAACUUCAACAUCGACAUUUCUGCGCUCACCAAUUCUACGACUUCAAUCCUCGCACCCGCCGUCAUUCAUUCUCCUUCCCACAUGAUGCCCGCCGAUAUCAUCCAAUCUACCGAACCACCCUCACCGUACUUUCAAAUCGAUGAAAUACUCGUACAACGUCUCAAUGAGGAAGAAUAUUCGUUAAUUCAAAUUCCUCCAUAUCAACUUACCCUUUCGAUAAGAGAUUUGUUAUCAUCCGCUAGGAAAAAUCGUAAAAAUAAGAAUAAAUCAAAAGAUAAGAUUCCGAGACCACAAAACGCUUGGGUAUUAUUUCGUAAAGAUUAUGAGGCCAAUCAACGCAUGAGGUUUCCUGACAAGUCAUUAAAGAUGAAAAAUGUUUCAACUGAUGCCGGUAAAGUUUGGAGGAAACAAUCCCCAAAGGUUAAACGUUAUUUUGAAAUUCUAUCAAGACUGGCUCAUGAUCAACAUAAAAUAUUAUAUCCAGACUAUAAAUAUACCCCUAAAAAGAAAAUCCCUAUUACUAAAGAAAAUACUUUAAAGGAUUGGAUUUUUAAGGAUGGAACUAUUAAACAAUCCGUUAAUACCACUUCAACAACCAUUAACGUUGAAGCGUCAAACGAAAACGCGUCUGAAUCUGUCACGCCAAAACAACCAAAACAAAUCGAUAUUCAAUCUCACCAACUAAAACAAUCUGAACCUCCUCAACAUAUUUCAACCUCACCAUCUCUUUCACCUCCUUCGUCACCUGAAUCCUGGAAUCCUCAAACUCCCUCAUCCACACAAAAUGUUCAUUUUUCAAAUUUUUCGACGGUCACUUCAAUACUUACCUAUGAAGAGUCUUCAACCUUUUAUAAUUAUCAACCAUUAUCUGUCGAGAAUGAAACUUUAAAUUCGGAUAUCAAUCAAAAUCCUUUGUUUAAUUUAGGCGAGUUGAAGUAUUAUAUAAAUAAUGAUGAUAACAUUGUCGAUGAAAAUUGGAACCUUCAAUCAACCAUUUGCGAUCAGAAUAUGAUUGAAGAUGCUUUUCCAACCUUCUCUAAUUAUUAUUCCGAGUUCGAUGCGAAUUCUCUUGAACUGCAACAAUGUACGCCCAUUAUCAUGCCGAUUACACUUACUUCAUCUUUUAAUGAUGAUAAUAGUAUUUCAGAUCUAUUGACUGAAUCGAAUUUUGUGGAAAUAUGA